AUGCAAUCGUCUCCGUAUGCCGAGGCGAAGCCUAAUAUUCAACGAACUCCGGCUACACCAUCUACCAGUCACCAAGCUCAACCCCAAUCCCGAUCAUUAACCCUUCCCGGUAUGGGUAUUCAACGUCAACUACCCACAUCAUCAAUGUAUCCGCCUGCCCUAUUGGCUCAGAUGUUUCAGCCGUAUUUGAACGGUGUUUUUCCACCUCCUGAAUUCGCUUUUCAAUUUAUGAAUCAACAGCAGCNUGCGCUGGCGCAUCUCAAAAUGGGAUUGACCAAUGCAGAAAGCCUUAUACUUCAAUAA